AUGGAGGAAGAAGCGAGAGAAGUGGCGGUGAUCGACAAGGAUCUGGAGAAGAAGAUAAAAGAGACAGUCAACAAGAUCUUGAAACGGUCGAGCUUGUAUCAGAUCACAGAGCUUAAGGCGCGUGAAAAAGCUUCCUCUAAGUUGGAUCUCGACCUUUCGCAGGAUCCGUACAAGCUCGUCGUCAGAGAAGCCGUCGAGAGUUUCCUCGAGAAGGCGGUGAAGACAAUCGAGAGUCAGAUUCAAAAGCAGCAUACUCAGAUUGUUCAAGACGUCCAGAAAUCGACCAAGAAGAAGAAGAAGAAGAAGACCAACAAGGAGGAAGACUCUUCUACUACUUAG